GGGCACAGGCGUUGUUGGCCCUUCCCUGCAGGCUAGAGAGCCUGUUUAGGUUCCCGCCCCUUUUCCUCUUGCUCUUUCUAAUCCUUCCCCCUCUGCCAAUUCCGGAGAGGAACCCUUUUUAAGUUUCUUCCAAGUUGACGCGUAGGACCAUUUCGUCAACACAAUCCGGAAUCGUCGACAUGGCGGCGACCAUAAGACACCUCGGUAGAGUCUUGAUACAUCGUCAAAAGCAUGGUCUUUCCAAGACGACUUGUCAGACAUCUCUUUAUCCUUGUUCUGUAAAUGUUUGGGUGCCCAGCAGAUAUUUUGCUGCUGCUACAAAGCCUGCAAAGAGCACAAAAAAAGGUGUAAAAGACAAAACAUCAGAUGAGAAAACAGAUGAAACAGAAAAAAUAAAGUCAUAUUCCUUUAUGGAAGGCGAACCUGAUGAUGAUGUCUACUUAAAACGCUUAUAUCCAAGACAGAUACACGAGGUGGAGAAGGCUAUUCAGUUACUUAAGAAAUUUCAAAUUCUAGACUUUACUAAUCCAAAGCAAGGUGUUUAUCUUGAUUUGACACUGGAUAUGGCACUGGGGAAGAAGAAAAAAGUGGAGCCAUUUGCCAGUGUUCUUAGUUUUCCAUACCCGUUCGUUUCAGAAAUCAAUAAAGUUGCUGUAUUUACAGGGAAUGCAUCAGAGAUUAAAAUAGCAGAAGAAAAUGGAGCUGCAUUUGCCGGAGGAACUAGUCUGAUUCAGAAGAUUUUGGAUGAUGAAAUUCAAUCAGACUUUUAUGUAGCUGUUCCAGAAAUAAUGCCUGAGCUUAAUCCAUUAAAGAAGAAACUGAAAAAAAGAUUUCCAAAACUAACUAGAAAGUCCAUUGGCCGUGACAUCCCCAAAAUGCUUGAAUUAUUUAAAACUGGACAUGAAAUUAAGGUAGAUGAAGAAAGGGAGAACUUUCUCAAGACCAAAAUAGCAACACUCGAUAUGCCAAGUGACCAGAUAGUGGCAAAUCUGCAAGCAGUUAUCAGUGAAGUUUGUAAGCACAGACCACUCAGUUUGGGACCUUUUGUGGUACGAGCUUUCCUUCGUACUUCAACAAGUGAAGGUUUGUUACUAAAGAUCGAGCCAUUGUUGCCUAAAGAAGUAGAAACCAAAGAAAAUAACAAAGAAGAUGCCUAAAAAUGUUACAUUAUGAAAUUAUUUUCAGUGGAUUAAGAAGCAAUGGAGACAAUUAUAAAACUGUAUAAUUUCUACAUUUGGUGUCUUGUUAUUUCUUAAUCAUCAUACUUGAUUUUAACACUUGGAAAAAUCUUACAACACUUUCAAAAAUAAGAAAAAAUUUUCUCUGUCUGAACCUAUAUUAAAUUGUCUUCCUUAGAAGUUGGAUUCUGCACGCUGGUAAUUGUAGCAGAAAUUUCUAGCUUAAUAACUUUCCCUUGAGAGUCAUACCAUUCUGAGGGAAAAGUAAUAUUCUCAAUUUUCAUAGGACAGAGAAUGGCAGAGUCAUGAGCUAUAUCCUAAAUACGUCUAUUUUCUAUGGAAAAAGUAUGGAAGGUGUUAUUUCUAAAAAUUCUAAAUAUCAUUUGUGAUAGCAUGCAUAUAGAAAAUGACUAAGACGUUAAAAUGUAGGUGGGAAAGCUUUUUUUCUUUUAGGAAUUAAUUUAUAAUAUUUGUGGUUUUUUGUAGUAACAGUAGUGUAUAAUUUUAUGGUGCUUUGUGCUGUAUAUGCAGUGUAUAGUGUUUUCAUACACUUAAUCUCAUUUGAGCCUGAAUUCCUUUGCUUAAUAGCAAGUAAUAGGUUUGGUUAGUGUUUGUUGACUGAACAUCCCAUGAUGUAGAUAGAACAAUUUCAUUUAAUGGAGAAUCAGGCUAGAAAGUUAAGUGUCUUUCACCAAGUGUCAGUUUGCAAACUGGUGUUGAUCUCUAAGUAUUUACUGGUAGGUGAAAAAAUAAAAAACAUAAGGAUAAUUUUGGCAUGCAGUUGCCCACUGUCCUUUCUUUGGAAUGAUUUCCUUCACUCAGAGACUAUCUUCUACUUUUUUAUUUAUUUAUUUUUAACGGAUGUUCAAAUGCUGCUUCUUUCAUGAAAUAGUAGCAUUGAUAAAUUCAUUGGUGGGAUCUUCACUUUGUAAAGAAUAUUUUGGCAGCUUCAUGUAGGUCUCCCAAAUUGUUUUUGAAGUGGAAGUUGUCAGAGAAGUCCAAAUGACCAUGAGCAAUCACUGUACCCCAUUAAGCUUUUUUCCCCCCACAGGAAAAUUAAAAUGUAAAGGCUGUUUACCAAAAACAGUAACUACAAAAGUUAACAGUAACUACAAAAUAGUAACAGCAGUUACCUUCUGUUGAGUGCCCACCUACCAUCUUAUGCCUUUACUGCACUGUCUCAUUUCAUCCUCAUAGCGGUUCGGUGAGGGGGGUUUGGUACUCCCACUUCACAGGUAAGGAAAUUGAAACCUAUAUGAGCUCCCCUAGCCUAAGACUCACACCUAGAUCUGUGUGAUUUUAAAGCCUGUUCUCUUAACCAUUGGGGUAUGGUACCUCCUUUUUAUAUAUCUUAAAAGAUAAAUCAACCUAUUUAUGUGAACACUUUAAAAUUUUAAAAAUAUUGAAGAAUUAUACUUCAGUGUCUUGGUAUCUCUAGUUAUGGGGUUAUGGCAGAGUGGAUGUGAGAAAGUAGAAAUAAAAGGGUUAGAAGGAGUGGUGUGAGAAAAGAGUAGUGUUAGGAUGGAGAGAAAAAGGUAUUUACUUGUUUUCCCCAAUUACUGUCUUUUGAAAACUUACUGAUUAAUCAUUAUUUAGAGAUCCUAAUUCAGAGUAGAAGCUCUAUUACUAUGUUUGUAGAUUUUCUUCUGAUUAGUAGAUUAAGUAUGCUCUUAUAAUUAAAAGUUUUAGAAACACUAAUAAACAUAAAAAAUAAAUCUACUCAUAAUCCUACUGCUCAAAGAUAACCAGCAUGAAUAUUUUGGUGCUCUCCAUUUUCAGUUGGCAGAGAGAGACAGAACAUACACAUGAUGCUAUAAAGUAAGCAUUUUUCCAUAUUAAUUAAAGUCUUAUAGGGAAAGCAUCAUUUUAAUGGUUGAAUAAUACCCUAUCCUGUUGAUGCUAUAACUUAUGGAAUUAUUUCUUAAUUGUUGGGCAUUUAACUCACUUUCAGAUCCCCCUCCUCUAUUAUUUAUAAUGCUUUGGAUUUGUAAUUUAUUUUCCUCUCUAUUCCUUGCAGUGACAUUACUGGGUUAAAAAGUAUGGUAUGGCUAGGAGUCUUAAUUAUGUCUUAGAAAGGUGCCUUUGUGAUCAGAUCAAACCUGAACAAGGAAAUAGGGUUGGAAAACUUACUCCCGGCAGGAACGUUCCAGGGUUUAAUUAACUGGCCUAUGGACAGAUUAUUCCCUACCCUUCCAUUAUGCAUUUUUCCUUUUGGCUAACUACAACUAAUGUUGAGUAUUUAUUAUGGUAUGUUUCUGGAAAAACAGAAUUGUACUAGAUAACUCUGAACGUAAAUAUCUUUCUCUUUUAUAUUAUUAUAUUCUUAGAGAACAAUAAAUCUUAUAUUUGAAGAAAUUAAAAACUUAAAAAAUUUUAUAUUAAGUACUAGUACUAUUCAAACUUUAGCCUCAUUCCAAAUUACCUGGUGGGCUCACACUCACAAAUUUCUGGGCUCUGCCUAGCAAUUUUGGGUGGACCUUGACCUUUUCACAUUUCUAACAAAUUCCCAGGUGAUGAUGAUGUUGCUGUUCUAUGGACAACACUUUGAGAACCGCUGUUAUUUACUAAUGGCUCUUUUAAUCAUGGCUAGAUAAAAAAAUCUCUGGCUGUAGUAACAGCAACAGUUUAUGUAAAAAUUCCACAGGUUAAUUCUAAUGCACUAGGGUUGAGAAUCACUGGUAUAUGCAGUUAGCUAGGUCAUAAAAAAUGCAAAAUUUGCAAUAAAGUUGAGAUUUUAAAAAAUGUUUUUUAAAAUUUACAUCCAAAUUAGUUAGCAUAUAGUGCGACAAUGAUUUCAGGAGUAGAUUCCUUAAUGCCCCUUAAAAGUUGAGAUUUUAAAAGACGGGGAUGAUUAAAAGAUAAUGUGCCAAAUUUAAGAGCCAGGACUAAUUUAUAGGUUUCUGGUCUAUCUCUGUGUGUAAAUAAUUUAAAUUCUGGCUCUCACUCUAUGAGAAAACAUUUCAAAAUCUGGGAUCUUUCUUCUGUAAUAUAAGGACAUCAUAAGAUGGUCACCACUGUACUUUCUGAAAAAAUUUUAUGAUCUUUUUGAAGGUGGCAUUUCACGUUGUUAAAAGUUAUGUAACCUAACAUUAUUAAUAUAAACACACACGUGAACCUAAAUUUAAUGGUAUUAAUAGGAUUAUCUUGUGAAAGACCAGAUGCUUGGCGUGGGAUAGGGGCACUGAAUUCAGUAGUGUUUUUCCUGUAGCAAGCAGUUACGCAGAAUGUCCAGUAGGUGGCGAUCAUAACCUUUCAUACAACUUUUAAAUAGCCUUGUGCGUAUUGAUAAAUACUUGUUUUUUCAUUUGCGUAUACAGAUAAAAAAGCAAAAUUACUAUAUAGACCAUUUGGAGCUUUGUUUUAUAACGGGUUUUUAAUAAAUUUUAUUCUAUUUUGAACAUA